UGAAAAAUACCUCUACUAUCGAUACCGGUAUCGAUGCCUCAGGUAUUUUUGCCGAGCCUGGUUCUCACCAGUUCGAUAACUUCAUCGUCUUUCAUUAUCACUUCUAGACAAAUAUCAGCUCUCAGUCACCAAAGCGAACCUCCCAUUCGUCGCCUCACAGAUAUCACCCACCUGCUCAUUAGCAUCAUUCUCGACACAGCUUGCAGACUUCGUUUAACGAACCUCCAGUGGAAAAAAACCAGAAUCUGACUUCUCGGUAGGUAUUCAAAAAUGGUUAGGAAAUCAAAAGCGAAGAAGGCAUCAAGGAGGCACAAAUAUCGAAGUCAAUGUUAGGAC